AUGUAUAAAAAUAUUUUUUUCCCUCAUGAUAACAUAAAAAAAGAAACAUAUAAAGUAUAUUAUUAUCAUACUAAUAAUUUAAUACAUGAUGAAUACAGAAUUAGUUAUAUAGAAUGUUAUAAAAAAAAAAAAAAAAAAAUAGUGACCAUACUUCAUUAUGUGUUUUGUAUCUUAUCUCUUGGAUUAUUACCUUUAAUAUUAUCCUGGUUUCCUAUUUUUUAUUUUCGAUUAUUACAUUCAGCUUGUUCAUUAAAUGAAUGCGAAAAGGUUUUAAUAAUAACAAAAGAUGGAAAUAAAUAUAUAAAGGAAAUUAAAAAAAUUAAAUUUAAUCAUAAUGUAUGCUAUAUUAUGAAUGAUGUAUUCUUUUCUGAGGAUCACUCAGUGUCUUGUAUGUAUAAUGAUAAGGAGCAAAACAAAAAUAAUUUUAAUUAUUUUUCAAGGAGUUAUACCUUUCGUGAUAAGAACAUAAUGAAUGAAAGCAAGGAUCAUAAAAAGGAUAAUAUAAAAUUAAGUGGUCAUAUAAAUUUACAGGAUAACAUAAAUUUUAAGGACAAUAUAAAUCCAUGCGAUGAAAUAUUUCAUGUUGAUAAUAUUUCCCUCCAUAAUAAUUUAUACAUUAAUUCACAUCAACCUUUUGAUGAGACGGCUGAAUAUAAUAAAUCACCGCUGCACCAUAAUAAUCGUAUAACGUACAUAUUUGAAUUUUUAGAUAUUCGUUAUGUAUACAUAAAAAAAAAAAACAUUUUUGUAGAACUGUAUUUCAAUAUAAAUUAUCCUUUUAGUUAUAUCCAUCUUAUGUGUACAGGUUUAAGAAAUGAAAAAUUAAUAAACGAUCGAAAGAUAUUAUAUGGUGAAUGUAAUUUGAACAUAAAGAGUGAUUCAUUUAUUAUAUUAUUAUUUAAAGAAAUUAUGAAUCCCAUUUUUAUAUUUCAAAUAUUUGCUAUGAUAGUAUGGAGCCUAGAUAACUACAUAGAAUAUACAAUAAGUAUUUUAUUUAUAACAAGUAUAUCUAUAAUAUUAGAAUUGAAGAAUACUAUAAAAAAUCAGGAAAAAAUAAAAAAUAUGUUAAAUUAUACAUGUCCAAUAAAUGUUUAUAGAUAUAAUACCUCUUAUAUUAUUAGUUCAUCAGAGUUAGUUCCAGGAGAUAUAUACGAAAUAAAAAAUAAUAUGACCAUCCCCUGUGAUACCAUAAUAUUAUCUGGAUCUGUAACCAUGUCCGAACAUAUGUUAACAGGAGAAUCUGUUCCUAUACAUAAGGAGCGGUUACCUUUUGAUGGAAAUGCUAUUAUAAAUAAAAAUAAUAAAUAUGAAAAUAAAGAUGAAAAGCAUGAUUACCUUCGUAUUUAUAAUAAUCAUGCUAGUACUAAUAUGAUCAACCGUAAUCAUUUGAUCAAAGAAACAUUGGGGAAAAGGGAUAGGGAAUAUAAAAGUAAUACACAUGAUUUGUGUAGUAUGAACAAGUUCUGUUUUAUUAAUAACACAUAUGAUGAUGCACAUAUUAAAAAUAACAAAAUGAAUAAUAAUAAUAAUAAAAAAAAAAAAAUUAACAAUUUAAACUUUGUAAAAGGGACAUAUAUUAAUAGUUAUGAUGUAUUAAAUGACGAUAAAAUACGCUUCAACACUUUUGAUAAUGAUGGUGAUGAUGUAAAUAAUAUGAAACAUAAAUUUAAUCAAAGAAAUAUUAAUUAUUAUAAUAAAGAUACCAAUCACUUAGAGUGUCACAAUAAGCAUAGAUAUAUAUAUGAUUGUCUUUUAAAAAAGGUAGAACCUAUUUCAGAAAAAAAUAAAAUUAUAUAUAAUAAUGAAGAUAUAAAUAAAUAUAUGUUGUAUGGAGGUACAUAUGUUUUAUCAUUAAAUAAUAUAAAUGAAAUAAAAUAUAAUAAUAGAGAAGAAAAAGGAAUUCUAGGGUUAGUUAUAAAAACAGGAUUUAUUACAACAAAAGGAAAGAUAGUUAAUAAUAUAUUAUAUCAUAAAAAGAAAGAAUUGAAUUUAAUUAAUGAUUCAUAUAAAUUUUUAAUUAUAUUAAUUAUAUAUGCUUUAUUUAGUGUAUUAAUUCUUUUAUAUAUAACAUUAAGUAAUAACGAAUAUACAAAUCAUAUUAUAAUUAAAUGUCUAGAUAUUAUAACAGAUGCUAUACCCCCAGCCUUACCCACAACUUUAACAGUGGGUAUUAGUAUAGCUGUAAGUAGAUUAAAAAAGAAAUUUUCUAUAUCAUGUUUAUGUCCCCAUAAAAUAAAUAUAGCAGGACAAAUAAAUACCAUGGUAUUUGAUAAAACAGGUACAUUAACAGAAAAUAAUUUACAAUUUAUUGGAAUCAUAACACAAAAUGAAAAGAAUAAGAAUAUGUUAAGUAAUUUUAUCCCUAUAAAGGAAAUGAAUACAGAAUCUUAUAUUCAUUCUACGGAUGAUAAUAUGAUACAUCAUAAGAAUUCUAUUAAAUCAGAACAUUACAUUAAGGAUAAUAUGGAAAAUUUAGAUACAUCUUCAAAAAAAAAAAGUAUAACAAAAGAAGGUUCAAAUUUUAUAGUACAAACUAUAAAAAGCUGUCUAUUAAAAGAUCAUUACAUAAAAGAAAAAAAAAAGGAAUAUUAUACAAAUAAUAUGUAUUGUAAUGAUGUGGAUAUAAAUGAUAGCACAUGUUCUUCAUAUUUAUUAAACUCUGAAACGAAGGAUGGGUAUUGUGAGUAUUACAAUAUUGAUCAUUUAUAUAAUAUAAAUAAAAGGAACAUGGACAUAGAUUCAAAAAAUGAAUUAAUGGGUAAAAAUUUGAAAAAUGAAUUAAUGGGUAAAAAUUCAAAAAAUGGAUUAAUGGGUAAAAAUUCAAAAAAUGAAUUAAUGGGUAAAACUAUAAAAAAUCAGGUUGAUGUAGAUACCAACAUUUAUCAUAUGAAUUAUGAUAAUGAUUAUAAUUAUGAUUAUCCUUGUGAUUAUAAUUGUAACAAUUGUAGUGAUACUUAUCAUAGAUUAGAAUAUCAUAAUAUAAAUGAAGAUAAUUCAUUUAAUAUGCUUCCUGAAAAAAAUAAAAGUUAUAAUAAUAUAAGUGAAUAUAUAAAAAUUAAUUAUCCUCUCCUUUUUGAAGCAUUAGCUUGUUGUCAUACAUUAAGUAAAGUAAACAAUAAAAUAAUUGGAGAUGUUUUAGAAAUAUUGAUGUUUGAUUCUAUCAACUGUGACAUGUUAAUAAAUAAUAAUUCUUUUAUUAUAAAAGAAAAAAAAAAAAAUUGUUCUUAUGAUUUUCAAAAAAUCGAUGGUGAUAAAAAUCUUGGUACAAAUGAUGAGAGAUGCCAUUUGAAUAAUCAUUUGGUAUCUUAUAAUAUUUUAAAAAGAUUUGAAUUUCAAAGUGCAUUACAAAGAAUGAGUGUAAUUGUGAAAAGUACAUAUGGUAAUAAUAAUAAUGAUAAUAAUAAUAAUGAUAAUAAUAAUGAUGAUAAUAAUGAUAAUAAUAAUGAUAAUAAUAAUGAUGAUAAUAAUAAUAAUGAUAAUAAUAAUAAUAAUAAUGAUAAUAAUAAUAAUGAUAAUAAUAAUAAUAAUUAUUAUAAUAAUAAUUAUUAUAAUAUUUUUUGUAAAGGUAGUCCAGAAAAAAUAAAAGAGUUGUGCUUAAAAAGUAAUAUUCCAAAUAAUUAUGAUGAAAUAUUAAAUAAAUAUACAAAACAAGGUAUGAGAAUAUUAAGCAUAUCUUAUAAAAGAGUAAAGUCAAAAGAUAUAAACCUAUUAAAUGUUAAACGAAGUUUUGUAGAAUCUAAUUUGCAUUUUUUGGGGUUCUUAAUAUUUACAAAUAAUAUGAAGAAGAAUGCCCCUGAUAUUAUACAUAAUUUACAAACAUCCGGAUGCCAGUGCAUUAUGUCAACAGGUGAUAAUGUGUUAACAUCAAUACAUGUCGCAAAGAAAUGUGGAAUCAUUAAUUCAAAUGUAGAAUCGAUAAUUAUUGGAGAUGUAAUAUCUGUUGUUGGUAAAAAUAACAAACAGAAGAAAAAGUUAGUUUGGUAUAAUCAUAAAAAUGAUACAUAUUUAAAAGGUGAUGAUAAGACAUAUAUAGAUAAUGAAUUUAAAUCUAUCCAAUCACAUAUAUAUGGUGAUAAUAUAUAUGGUGAUAAAAUAAAUACUUAUGAUAAUUAUGAUUUGGAUUAUUGUCCCACACAAUACCAUAAAUCUACAUAUAAUAAUAUUAAUAAUAGUAUAUUAUAUAGUAACAACUUAUUAUACAAAAAAGAUAAAAAUUAUAAAAACAUAUUAACAUUAUAUGAACAUACAACCAAUGAUAUUCAAUUUGAUAAAUUAUGUGAUAUAUUAAUUAAUAAAGAUCCAAGAAACGUAAAUAUUGUUUUGACAGGAAAAGCAUUUAUAUUUUUAAAAAAAAAAUUUUAUUCAUUUCAUUUACCAUAUUAUGAAGAAUGUAAAAAUAUAGUACAUUAUAUAAUGAAAAAGAAACAUAAAAAAAUUAAAAAUAUAAUAAAUAAUCAUAAUAGUAAUUUAUAUUAUCAUUAUAAUAUAAUAGAUACAUUUGUAGAACGAAUGAAUACGGAAUAUAUGUGCUUCAACAAAUUGUUGUAUAAAAUUCAACAAAAAUUAUUAUACAACCUAAUUAAUAAUUUAUAUAAAAAGAAAAAAUAUAUGAACAAUUAUUAUGAUAUCGAUCAAGUACAUUUCAUUGGAGAUAAUAAUAAUAAUAAUAAAAAUAAUAAAGAAAAAAAAUUGCCUUUGAAAAAUAAAAUGAAACUUAUACCAAAGAAUGAACCUAAUGAUAAUUUUACUUUUAAUACAUAUACAAGUAACAACAUACAUUUGAAUAAAUACAAAUAUGUUCAUCAUAAAAAUUAUUAUUAUCCUGAUAGUUGUAGAAAUCUAAGAAAAAAAAAAAAUUCACUUUUUUAUAAUCUAAAAAAAUAUAUUAAUUAUGAAAAAAAGAAAUAUUUACAUGAUUGUUUAUUAAAACGUAAUAAUUAUAAAAAGGUAGAGUUACCAAUAAUUAAAGAUAUAAAUUAUUCUUAUCAAGUGGAAUCUAUAAAAACACGAAAUUUUAUUCAUUCUCUAAGUGAACAAUUUUCUAUUUUCUCAAGUUUAAUUCUGUCUUUUUAUAUUAUAAAAAAUGAUCAAAAUAAUGUAUAUAAUAAAAAGAACAUUUUAACACAUGCCAAAAGUGUUUUGCUUAGUGGGUCGUCAAAAAAAUUUCUCAAGUUCUUUUCCAAUAUAAUAAGAGGACAUAAGUUGAAAGAAAAAAAGAAUAAGAAAAAUAAAAAAAGAUAUAAAAUGAAUCAUGUAAAUAAUAGCCCCAAAGGACACAUUAUAUUAAAUAUGUGUCCACAUGAUUUCAAAAAGGAUUAUUCAUCAUUAGAAAAUAAAUAUAGAAUAGUUAAUAAUAAAAAGUAUAUGUUAAGAAAUGAUAAAGUUUAUGAUAAACAUAUGUAUAAUUUGACGGAUAUGUAUAGAGGUAUAGAAUAUGGAUGUAGUAAAAAAAAGAAUAAAAACAUUUAUAUGAACAAUAAUAAUAACAUAUUAAAAAAUAAAAUAAAUCGAUUUUUAGAACAUUUACUAGUAGAUAAAUGUAAAAGGAAUAUAUGUCAUAAAUAUACUGAUAUUAAAAAUAUAAAAUUAUCUAUAUAUGAAUAUAUAUUAAGAACAUGUACUGUAUAUGCUAGAAUGAAACCUAAAGAUAAGAGUGAUUUGAUUUUAGCUUUAAAGAAAUUACCAAAUAAUUCCUGUGUUGGAAUGUGUGGUGAUGGAUCUAAUGAUUGUUUAGCAUUAUCAUGUGCAGACAUAGGAAUAUCAUUAUGUAAUAAUAAUGAAUCAUCUAUAUGUUCUUCUUUUACAUCUAAUAAAUUAUAUCUUCAUAGUAUAAUUCAUAUAUUAAUUGAAGGUAGAGCAUCUUUAGUAAAUUCUUUUCAAUUAUUUAAAUUUAUAUCUUUAUAUUCUAUUAUGCAAUGUUCUCAGGUUCUUAUACUAUAUUCAAUUUCUAAUAAAUUAACAGAUAAUCAAUACAUUUUUAUGGAUAUAGUAACUAUACUACCUUUAUCUAUUUUUAUGUGUUGGACAUCAGCUAGCGAAAAAUUAUCAAAAAAUAUACCCAUUGGAAAAUUAUUUUCCUUUCCAAUAUUGAUAAGUAUAUAUGGUCAAAUAAUUAUUCAGUGCUUUUUUGUUAUGAUUUCUUUAGUUGUGUUAAUGAAUCUAUCAUUUUAUAAAUAUGAGAAAAAUAAAGUCAUCAAGGAAAAAUCGGAUCAUACGUAUUUAUAUAAGGCACAAAAUACACUUUUAUAUAUUCUUUGCUCUUUUCAAAAUUUGUUUAUGUGUAUAUCUUUAAAUAUAAAAAAUGAGUGGAGAAAGA